GCGGGGGUGAGUUGUCGCAGGUCGCCGGUCACCAUUUACUGGUUAUGAGUUAAUUAAUUUAAUAUAUUGGCCUGUUCUUUGCUAAUCUGAAGUAGAAGGAUAGACACGAUUUGUUUGUCUCUCCCGCCGUGGAAAGAGUGUCACCAGGAACAGCAAGAUGCAAGAUCGGGGAGAGGAGGCUGAUUGUACAGCACCACGGAGGCAGGUACAAGACUGGGGAGAGGAGUCUGAUUUUACAGAGCCACAGGGGCAGGUACAAGAUUGGGGAGAGGAGUCUGAUUGUACAGCACCACAGAGGCAGCCUCAUCUACAGGAGAGAUGUGUUUGGGAUUCGGUGAAGAAAGCAACCUUUAUUCUGGGAUCUGGACUCUUCGUGUUUGCAGCAUUUCGGAACUCGGUGACUUGGCACUUGCAACAGUUCUGGGGAGCAUCCGGGGACUUCUGGCAGUCACAGUGGGGAAAGGCGUACAACUUCUUCCAAGGCAAUGAAUGUGUCCUCUUCCUUCUCGGUACUAUGGUAAUCCCAACCGUCGCUUUCUGGCUGGUGAAUGGACUUCUAUUGAUAGUCGAUGUCACUGGGAAGCCUCAGCUGAUUACACGUUACAGGAUUCAGGCAGGGCAGAAUGACCCGGUGGAGUCGGCAAAGCUACUGCUGGCCAUUCGGACGGUGGUGUUCAACCAGGUUUUCCUGUCCUUACCCAUGCUUCUGCUGCUGUACCCCAUCAUGAAGUGGAGGGGUAACCCGUGUGGGCCUGAGCUGCCCACCUUCCACUGGGUGCUGUUUGAGCUCUGCUUCCUCGGCCUGCUUGAGGAGAUGAUCUUCUAUUAUUCCCACAGGUUAUUCCAUCAUCCAACACUUUAUAAACAUAUUCACAAGAAGCACCAUGAAUGGACGGCACCAAUUGGAGUAAUCGCCUUGUAUGCCCAUCCAGUUGAGUAUGUGUUCUCCAACAUGCUUCCACCGAUGAUUGGUCCGAUCCUACUGCGAUCCCAUGUGGCAACUAUGAUGCUGUGGUUUUCCUUGGCACUGUUAAUCUCCACCAUUUCCCACUGCGGAUACCAUCUCCCGCUGAUACCUUCUCCAGAAUUCCAUGAUUUCCAUCACCUACGAUUUAACCAGUGUUUUGGGGUGCUGGGAGUCUUGGAUCGUUUACACCAGACAGACACAGUGUUCCGAGCAAGCAAACAAUAUGAGCGCCACACACUUCUGCUUGGUCUUGUUCCUUUAUCUGAGACCAUUCCUGAUUCCCUGAAGAAAAAAUGAAACUAACUCAGAACCCUGAUGCAAACUUUGUGAUCUUUAAAAUUUAACUCUUUGAUUGUGGUUUGAUUUUUAUCAUGAACUCAAGAUUUUGAUUCUGUCAAUCUCAACUGCUGUCGAACAAGAGCCACAUGGAACUGUUGUUGAAACAAAUCGUGGAGAUCUCUUUUCCAGAUGAUCCUUGUAGUUCCUGUGGCAUACUCAUUGCUGAGUUAGGUUCUUGAUAUUGUGUUUGAUGUGGUGGUGGCAGAUUAACAGAGCCUAUUUCACAUGAGCUCUCACAGCUCAAUUCUGGUAGAUAAGAUGUGAUGGGCUGAAGGGCCUGUUCUGUACUGUAUGUUCAAUAUCCCCACCCUCCCACAAGAAGGAACUAUGAGUGAUGUUUUAACAUUUUAAUUCUCAAUAACAAGAAUGAUAACUGAACUGUAGUCACUAUUAACUGAUGUGGGGGUUGGAUGAGAAAGAAUUGUUUUUAAUUAUUCACUGUGAAAUUUUUAUAAACAAUAUGGUAGAGACAAAAAUUUUUGGCAGUUUAGGAUAACACCAAUUUAGCACUUUUAAAAAGGGCCAAUUUGUCCUAUUUGUAACCAUGGGAAAAUUAAUAUUGAAAGGCUGAGAUCUCAUUCCUGAUAAAGGUUUACUUGCUGUUGCUUAGGUUUGUGUUGAUAACAAUUAGAAAUGGGACUAGAUUAACUUUGUGCACAAAUAAAACAAAUUAUUCAUGAUUGUAA